AUGGCGUCCGGCGGGGGGGUAGCAGCAGGUCGUUUCUGGCUGAUGCCGGACAUGGGGAGCAGGAGCUGGACGCCAACUCCGCCCUGAUGGAGCUGGAUAAAGGGUUGCGAUCUGGGAAGCUCGGAGAGCAGUGUGAAGCCGUUGUCCGUUUUCCAAGACUGUUUCAAAAGUAUCCGUUCCCCAUCCUCAUCAACUCUGCUUUCCUCAAACUGGCUGAUGUGUUCAGAGUUGGGAAUAAUUUUCUCCGACUGUGUGUGCUGAAAGUGACCCAGCAGAGCGAGAAGCACCUUGAGAAGAUCCUCAAUGUGGAUGAAUUUGUAAAGAGAGUCUUCUCUGUCAUACAUAGUAAUGACCCUGUAGCUCGUGCUAUUACGUUACGUAUGCUGGGUAGUCUGGCUUCCAUAAUUCCAGACCGAAAGAACGCUCAUCACAGUAUACGUCAGAGUUUGGAUUCACACGAUAAUGUGGAGGUGGAGGCUGCGAUAUUUGCUGCCGCCAAUUUUUCUGCACAAUCAAAGGAUUUUGCAGCUGGAAUCUGCAACAAAAUUGGGGAAAUGAUUCAAGGCUUGGCUACCCCAGUGGACUUAAAGCUUAAACUCAUUCCGAUACUCCAGCACAUGCACCAUGACGCCAUUUUGGCAUCCAACAGCCGGCAGCUUCUACAGCAAUUGGUGACGUCAUAUCCAUCUACAAAGAUGGUGAUUGUCACUCUGCACACCUUUACGCUGUUGGCUGCAUCUUCACUGGUUGACAUUCCAAAACAGAUUCAGCUUUUGCUGCAGUACCUGAAAAAUGAUCCCAGAAAAGCUGUGAAGAGACUUGCUAUUCAAGACCUGAAAUUCCUUGCCAACAAAACUCCCCAUACCUGGAGCAGAGACAAUGUUCAGGUCCUGUGUGAGUGUGCUCUGCAAACCCCAUAUGACAGUCUGAAGCUGGGCAUGGUCUCCGUUCUGUCUACUCUGUCUGGGAGCAUUUGCAUUAAGCAAUACUUGAACACAACACAAGGGGCCACAUCUGGUACCGCCAGGUACAUUGAUCUGAUAAAGUUGGCACAGGAGUGCAGUUACCACAGUAACCGCAGCAUUGCUGCACAUGGAGUGACCAUUCUCACCAAUAUUGUCUCAUCUUGUCAAGAUAUAGAUCAGCUGUCUCUGGAGAAGGAUGCUAUGUAUGGUCUGGAAUCUCUGCUUGUUCUGUGCAGUCAGGAUAACAGCGCAGGUGCUCAGCACACACUAAAGACUGCUUUGUCCUGUAUGGUGAAGCUAGCAAAGUGCCGGCCAUACCUGAGCCAGUCCGUUGUGGAGUCUCUUCUGACCCAGCUUCACAGUGCCCAGGACUCUGCUCGGAUCUGUCUAUGCCAUUGCCUGGCCUCUGUCGCCAUGCAGCUGCCAGUGCUGGGGGACGGCAUGCUGGGAGAUUUGGUGGAGCUCUACAAAGUAAUUGGGAGAUCAGCAACUGACAAACAACAAGAGCUUCUGGUUGCCCUUGCCACUGUUAUUUUCGUAGCAAGUCAGAAAGCUCUGUCUCCAGAUGUCAAAACUGUAAUCAAACAGCAGCUAGAGAAUGUGUCCAAUGGCUGGACUGUGUAUAGGAUUGCCAGACAAGCCUCCCGAAUGGGGAACCAUGAUAUGGCUCGGGAGCUGUAUCAGAGCCUGCUCACACAGGUCGCCUCUGAGCACUUCUAUUUCUGGUUGAACAGUCUGAAGGAAUUCUCCAUGGCUGAGCAGUGCCUGACUCAGCUGCAAGAAGAUGACAUUGGCUCCGCCCUCUCAUCCAUUGCGGACUCCUUGAAAUCCUACCAUAAAGGGAUUGCCUCCCUUACAGCUGCCAGUACACCCAUGAGCCCUCUAAGCUUCCAAUGUGACUUUGUGAAGCUACGUAUAGAUCUUCUUCAAGCUUUCUUCCAACUCAUCUGCACAUGUAACAGUCUGAAGACAAGCCCUCCUCCAGCCAUCGCCUCCACGAUCGCCAUGGCUUCUGGCAAUGAUCUGCAGCGCUGUGGGCGCAUUUCUACCCAGAUGAAGCAGUCUAUGGAAGAGUUCAAGAAUCUCGCUACUCGUUACGGUGAUCUGUAUCAGUCUUCCUUUGAUGCUGAUUGUGCAACUUUGAGAAACAUCGAGUUACAACAACAAAGUUGCCUUUUAAUAUCUCACACCAUAGAAGCUCUAAUCUUGGAUCCAGAUUCUUGCAGUUUCCAGGAAUGCAGUUUCAGUGGAUCCAUACAAGCGGACAGCGAGUAUGAACGUAGAAUGGUGUCUGUCUUUAACCAGGUUCUAGAGGAAGUUGAGCUUCUGGGAAGGAAAAACCCUCCAGUAUCUUAUCUGCACACCACCUGCCUGUGCAAUGCGGUCAUCAGUCUGCUGAAAGUUCCCCUGUCUUUUCAGAGAUAUUUCUUCCAGAAACUGCAAUCUACAAGCAUCAAACUCGCCCUGUCUCCAUCACCCCGCAACCCUACAGAGCCAAUAGCCGUGCAGAGCAACCAGCAGAUGGCACUCAAGGUAGAAGGAGUGGUACAACAUGGAUCCAAACCAGGUCUAUUCCGGAAGAUCCAGUCUGUCUGCCUCAAUGUCUCUUCUACACUGCAGAGUAAACCAAGCCAGGACUAUAAGGUGCCUCUGGAAGGUGUAAGGAGUGAGAUGGAGCAGAGAGUUGAACCUCAUAAUGAUUAUUUCAGCACACAGUUCCUGUUAAACCUCUCUGUGAUGGGGACACACCAGAUCACCGUAGAAUCCUCUGUGGUGGACUCCAAUGGCGUGCUCUGGAAAACCGGCCCCAAGACCACAAUCUUCGUCAAAUCAUUAGAAGAUCCUUACACUCAGCAGGUACGGCUACAGCAGCAGCAACAGCAACAGCAACAGGUCCAGCAGCCUGCCCAGCAACAGCGAAAUGCCUUCUCCCGAUUCUAA